UAGCUAGCCGCACGCCAUUGCUGUCCUUGCUUAAUUCCACGCGUCCCUAGUUUUUGCUGUGUUUUUACUUGUGUCACCUUGCUUUUUAUCGCUGUGAUUUUGCGCCCGCCGGCAUCCCGUGCAAUGUCGUACGUUUCGAUAAAUAUUACAGAGUGCGUGGUUUUAUAACUUGUGUCAUCAACGGUUGUUACGACACUGACGCAAAACGAAGGUGUUGGAAUUUGACUGAUGUAACGCAACAAUGUUACUAAACUAGGGGUGUGAACUCCCCCCGGAGCUCUUAUUACCUUAAAAAAAUGGAUAAAAGCGCAGAAAUGUCUUGCUUUGACUGACGUGUUCCAAAAACUUUGUUAGCAAUGUUGUAAACACAAUACCAAUGGCGCGCAAUUCGCAAAAUUCCUACCGCAUCUCGCAAAUUUAAAGGCCUACUGAAAUGAGAUUUUCUUAUUUAAACGGGGAUAGCGGGUCCAUUUUAUGUGUCACACUUGAUCAUUUUGCGAUAUUGCCAUAUUUUUGCUGAAAGGAUUUAGUAGAGAACAUCCAUGAUAAAGUUCGCAACUGUCGGUGCUAAGAGAAAUGCCCUGCCUCUACCGGAAGUCGCAGACGAUGACGUCACAUGUUUGAUGGCUCCUCACAUAUUCACAUUGUUUUUAAUGGGAGCAUCCAACAAAAAGUGCUAUUUGGACCGAGAAAACGACAAUUUCCCCAUUAAUUUGAGCGAGGAUGAAAGAUUUGUGUUUGAGGAUAUUGAUAGCGACGGACUAGAAAAAAAAACUUGUUAAAAAAACGCGAUUGCAUUCGAACGGAUUCAGAUGUUUUUAGACACAUUUACUAGGUUAAUUCUGGGAAAUCCCUUAUCUUUCUAUUGUGUUGCUAGUGUUUUAGUGAGUUUAAUAUUACCUGAUAGUCGGAAGGGUGUCUCCACGGGUGUCUUGAUGCGCAAUGUCUCAGGGGAGUCGACGGCAGCUAUGGACGGCACAAGCUCAGCUUUUCUCCGAUGUGGGGGCACCGUUGGAGCCAUAUUGACUUGUCCACUGGAAGUCGUGAAGACACGUCUGCAGUCAUCAUCAAUCAGUUUUUAUGUGUCCGAGGUUCAGCUGAGUACCGUUAAUGGGGCAAGUGUGGCCCGCAUGUCCCCACCAGGUCCCCUGCACUGCCUCAAAUUAAUAUUAGAGAAAGAAGGACCCCGCUCACUCUUCAGAGGCUUGGGACCGAAUUUGGUGGGUGUGGCACCUUCCAGAGCAAUCUACUUUGCUGCUUACUCAACAGCCAAAGAGAAAUUGAACAGUGUGCUGGAACCUGACUCCACUCAGGUUCACAUGGUCUCAGCUGGAAUGGCAGGUUUUACAGCCAUUACUGCAACCAAUCCAAUAUGGCUUAUAAAGACCCGUCUACAGCUGGAUGCCAGAAAUCGAGGAGAGCGACGGAUGAAUGCGUUGGAGUGUGUGCGGCGUGUGUACCAGUCAGAUGGCCUACGGGGCUUCUACAGGGGGAUGUCAGCCUCCUAUGCGGGCAUCUCGGAGACUGUGAUCCACUUUGUGAUCUAUGAAAACAUCAAACGACGUCUUUUGGAGGCCAAGGCCCCCCAGAACAUGGACGAGCAAGAUGAAGUAUCCAAGGAUGCAUCAGACUUUGUGGGGAUGAUGCUUGCUGCUGCCACUUCCAAGACCUGUGCCACAUCCUUGGCUUAUCCUCAUGAAGUGAUCCGCACAAGACUACGCGAGGAGGGCACCAAAUAUCGCUCCUUCUUCCAGACUUUAACAACUAUUCCCAAAGAGGAGGGUUUCCGAGCUCUGUACCGCGGCCUCACCACACACUUGGUACGCCAGAUUCCCAACACCGCCAUCAUGAUGUGCACCUACGAGUUUUUCGUUUACAUCCUGAAUGGCUAAAGUCUUCCCUUGUUUAAAAAGCACUUGUAAUCCAGCUCCUGUUUAGAGAUGGAGAAACAAAACAAACAAAAAAAAAACUGCUGGCAGCAUGUCAACAGUGGUGAAGAUUUUCAGUGGCAGGUUUACUUUUAUCACCAAAGGCACAGGAAAGGUUUAAUGACAAUCCCAUUUGUUUGGGUGUUGCAGAAAAAAAGAAGCCCUCCCUCCUGCAUUCAUUUGGUACUAUUUUGUUUGACUGUUAUAUAGUCUAUUAAUAGCCUAAUAAAGCUCAGUGUCAAAGUCUUAUUUAAUUAGCAUAAAAGACUAAUUACAGUCACACUUCCAAAGUAGUGGUUAUUAGACAGUUGCCAUCGUCACUGACCUAUUAAAAAGUCAUGCGUUGCUGUGUAUCAUUCCGGGUGUAGUUGAAUUCAAAAUGAAGAAAAAACAACUAGCACCUUGCAAUUUUGACUCAAAUGUCAGAGGGUUGUCAAUGUGCCUUGGGCAGAAACAAGAUGUAACGUACGUUGCACAUCUUUUGUGGGGAGUAGAGGUGGUAGUCUGUGUUGGGUCUGACUUUGUGGAUCACCUGUCAGAACUCGCCACAGUGAUAUGUGAAGAAAUGUAGUUGCACACAGGUUGCACACAUGGUUUCAGGCACUUAAGGAAACCUUGGUAACUACCUGCUUAUUUAUAUACAGUAGACUUUUUGUCAGGUUUGCAAGCAUCUCCUUGGUUUUUGCUUUCCAUACAUUUAGAGGUGUUUCAUGCCCAUAUGAAACCACUGCCUUAGAGGUAUGAGAGCUUUUUUGCUUGAACAAGACUGAUAACAUCUCUCAGUAUCCUUUAACGGUCAUACUGUGUAGCCCAACUAAACCACAAUAUAACACUGCUAAUUACUUCAAACUACUGAAAUGUAAAUACACUGGUUGAAGUAAAACACUGGCCCAUUUUGUUUAUAGAUGAGUAUAAAUUCACACAUUUUAACAUUGAUAUAUUGAAUAUAUUUACUUAAAUAACGUGAUUGUGUUGCAUUUGUUUGACUCAAUAUUGGCAAGCAUUUUGUGUAGCUCCGCGGGAGAAAACCUUUGCCUUUGAGUUGUGAAAGUAUAUUUUCCUAACUUGUUCUCAUUUAGUAUCUCACCAGUCUUCUUGAUAACAAAUUUAGUCUUAUUCAGUUGCGAGGACAAUCCUCUCAUCCCUGGAGUCUUGCGGUUGAUAAAAUGGAAAGGAAUAUGUCAUAAACGCACAAUGGUAUGGUAUGGUAUGGUUUAUUUGUUUCAGACAUGCUUUACAAGUUACAUGAACGAUGUUCCUAUCCAAGAAUAUAGCAUAUACAUGUUAUCUUGACCAGAUAGUCCGGUUUUUUUUUUAUGUACUGUUUUACCAUUUUAAAAGAAUACAACAAAGCUUAUAUUUUUCUUUGCAUAGUUUUAUACAUUUCAGUUAGAGUGAAGGUUUUUGCUGUUCGUAAAUGAUUUUUAACAACAAAAAAAAAAACUGUGUCACCUUGUCACAAGGUUUGAUCCAUGAUCACAAGACACAUGUUUAACUAAUUUGUGCAAUGUUGUCAUGUGCUACAAUCAACUUUUUUUUUGUCUGGUCUGCUGCUCACUUAGUUUGGCUUACACUGACCACAAAAAGAGACAAUUCAAACGGCCGAGCUUGAGUGGAGUAGCAUUUUAUUAGGCUUGCAUGUUCGGUUCCAAAACAACGCCAGAUAUUGCAAAGAGCUCAUUAAAUUGCACAAUUCCAUCAACAUGCUUGAUGUGACACAAGUCGAUUGGGUUUGCUCUAGUCUCGUACAGCUCGGCUGUGUUAAUUGCACGCAAACUUCAAAAAGUCAGAUCAUGCAAAAACAAAUAGAACAUCUCAGACUAAAUAAAGAGGAGAAUGUCAUUUUAUUUUCUGUGAAAUUUACCCAACUACAAAUGUAAUUGUGUUUUCUCGCUUAUAUUGUACAGUAAGUCAGAAGUUCAUCUUGUGCAUCCUCUUCAUGCAGUGAUUAUUUUGCAUCUACAUUUAAACUGCGUGAUUGUGAACGUAUGUUUUGUGCGUGCUCGCUUAAAUAAAAACAUUCAGUCAUGUCAUGAGUGUGAGAAAGGAUUGAUGUAUGCACUUGAUUGAGGAACUACAAGAGAAAGUGUUUUUAUCAUUUUAAAUAAAUUGUUGCCUUUUUUCCUGCUGACCCCUUUUUUAUGUUGUUGUCGAUGAGCCUGCUUAAAGUGUGGCUCUGUCUAUGCAUUCUGUCAUGCCUGUUUUUGUCAAACAAGUCAAUAAACUGGAAAGAGUGCAAGUA